AUGGAUAGUCAGGAUUUCUUCCAGGGUCUGAUAAUGCUUCAUUUUGUUUUGGGCUUCGCUGUGCUGCUGUGCACAGUCAGCAGCUUCGAAAUUCCGGACAACGUACUGUGGAAUAUAAACGGAAUGGCACAUUGCUUAUUACAUCAUGAUGGCCUACCCUAUUACGGCUAUGGAUGCUAUUGUGGUUUUGGAGACAGCGGUACGCCAAUUGAUGGCAUUGAU